AUGAGCUUUGCAUAUCUUUUGAGCUGUUUCUUGAUUCUGGAUUCAUGCUCCAGUGUGAGGUCCUGUCUGCAGUGUGAUCAAGUAGUUCGUUACAUACAUGAAGAUUUCCUUUCAACUGUACGCAUGACUGUCCGUGAUCAGAUUGAACUGAAGGAAAUCAUUGAACACGCUUACGUCAACUAUCGAGAGACCAGCAGAUCGUUUCGGGGAGUCAUAGACCCUACAACACUAUAUCGAGCCCGAACAGAAUACCAGAGUGAGUUCAAGAGGCACUGGAAAGAGCACAGAACAGGUUCUCUUCAGUGGGAUAUGAUUAAUAUAGUGGAGAAAGGGAGGAGAAUUCUGCAGAAACAUUUGGAGCUAUUUGUCACCCAAGGUCUGUGUCCCAACAAAUGUGGGCUGUUCUAUCAGAGAGUGAUGAAUUGCACUUCCUGUCAGUAUGGGCUUUUUACAUGUCUAUCCGCCACACCCCCAAUAGACUGUGGAGAACAUCAUCUAGAGGCAGAUGAAGGAGAGGGGGUGGUCUUGGACUGUUUUCUGCCUUGGCACACUCUGGUUGUUGGACAGACUGAGUAUUAUUACUCCUGGCUCCCUGCAAAGAAUCUGUCGCAUGAGGGGGAGUAUGAAGAGCUGGUGGUGACAGAGGACUCUAAAAUCGUACUCAAUCAGCUGAGGGUCAACGAGCAAGGCGUAUACCGCUGCCUCCUACAGGAUCAAAAGGCUACUACACUUUCUCGCAUUUAUUUUUACCUGAAAGUUAAUCCACUGCCAUCCACAACCCCUAGGCUGAUGGUGACAUUGCCACCUCUGCCUGUGGGUUAUGACCUCACCCCCCCCAGCCUGCAUAGGAACUCGGUGCUCAUCAUGGUGAUUUUACUGUCUGUACUCAGCAUCACCGGCAGCCUGGUCAUCAUAAUGUACCUCGGAGUGACCAUGAAGCAACAGAAGGAGGGAGACAGCAGGUGGGGAGAGAGGCAGGAUGCGGAGGACAUUGAGCUGAAUGAGGGAUGUGACCAAAGGCGAAUAAAUGAAUGACUACAGUUAUCCAAAGGAUUGAUGAUCCCAGUGUAACUGUUAAAGGGAUGGUUUCACUGAAAACUCACCAUAGUGUUCAUUUUUUCACAGAACACAAUUUAAACAGUAUCUAAAAGAAUCUUUUUUUCA